GUUGAUAUUAAGCCUACGGCCAGUUGUAAAAGGGGUGUAAACAGUGAUCCUUUUGCAAACACGUGGGUUGUAUAUUAAACGGCGAGAAGAUCCGAACGACGCUCAACUCACUGCAGGCUCGUGUCGUAAGCGUUCGUCCUAUCGAGUGAUAAUCAUCAUCGGAAUGGACUACAGAUAUUAUGCAGUAUGCAUGUCUUGCCUUGUUUCUUUCAUUUGUUGUCAUAUUGUACAUGGCAUGCGGCUACCAUGGCGAAGCGGAAACUCUGAUAUAAUAAUACAGCAAUUUCCGUUCUCAAUGCAGAAGUUUCGCUGUUUAGAUGGUAGUCUAAUUGAUCUCGCCAAAGUGUGUGAUGGCCAUAGACAUUGCAUGGACGAUGAACUCUGGUGUUCAGCUUGUAGCGUUGGAACUACAGAUGGCGCUUUCUCGUGUGAAAUAGGCGGUGAAUCAAAGUGUAUUGCACCAAAACAGAUAUGCGACGGAAGACGGAACUGCGACUCUGGCAUAGAUGAACAUAACUGCGAGAUACAAAAGUUUGCAUCUACGCUGGCAAGAAGGAAGCGAAUGCAAAAAGAAUCAAAAAAUAAAUCUUUAUCAAUAUUCAAGACACCGUCAAGUAAAAAGUAUAACGAGAAACCGUGUCAUAAUGAUAAUUAUUGUUUUCAUGAAGGAAGAUGUUUUUACGUCGGUAACCCUCAAAAUCGAUUUUGCCUCUGCAAGGUUGGCUACGAGGGAUCACGUUGUAUGCAUGUUGCACCGAGUGAUUACUCUUCUGUCGAGUGAUCACGUGAUAGUGAUCACGUGAUAUCCACGCUCGCGCGCUGAUCUCAUUACAAGGCGUAGUAACACAGGAACACGUGUUAAUUGUGUACAUUUCUUGCCAAAUUCCUAAAUUUUUUUUAUGCCAUCAAGAUUAUUAUUUUGUACCAAUCAUUUUC